GACUGCUUUCUUUUCAUCCGCGUUGGAAAUUUUCAAGAAGUGAACUAUGACAAUAUAUCAACUUUUGGUACUGUUUCCACUCUGGGUCUGCCUGCCACAUUUCUGUUCUCCAGAGAUAAUGUUCAGAAGGACUCCCACACCCCAGAAAAGAAUUUUAGGUGCACGUGUACCUAGGAGUGAUGGCAAAAUUCUGCAUCGUCAAAAACGUGGUUGGAUGUGGAAUCAGUUUUUCUUACUGGAAGAAUAUACAGGAUCUGAUUAUCAAUAUGUGGGCAAGCUUCAUUCAGACCAAGAUAAAGGAGAUGGAUCACUCAAAUAUAUUUUAUCUGGAGAUGGAGCAGGUACUCUUUUUAUUAUUGAUGAAAAAACAGGUGACAUUCAUGCCACAAGAAGAAUUGAUAGGGAAGAAAAGGCCUUUUAUACUCUGCGUGCACAAGCUAUUAACAGAAGAACUUUGAGACCAGUAGAACCAGAGUCUGAGUUUGUGAUCAAAAUCCAUGAUAUCAAUGACAAUGAGCCAACGUUCCCAGAAGAAAUUUAUACAGCUAGUGUUCCAGAAAUGUCUGUUGUAGGUACUUCUGUGGUGCAAGUCACAGCUACAGAUGCCGAUGACCCUUCCUAUGGGAACAGCGCCAGAGUUAUUUACAGCAUACUUCAAGGGCAGCCUUAUUUCUCUGUGGAGCCUGAAACAGGUAUCAUCAGGACUGCUUUACCAAACAUGAACAGAGAAAACAGGGAGCAAUAUCAAGUGGUAAUCCAGGCCAAAGAUAUGGGCGGCCAGAUGGGAGGCUUAUCGGGGACUACCACGGUGAACAUCACACUGACAGAUGUAAAUGACAAUCCACCUCGCUUCCCCCAGAACACCAUCCACCUUCGAGUUCUCGAGUCUUCCCCAAUUGGCACAGCCAUUGGGAGCGUAAAAGCAACGGAUGCUGACACAGGGAAAAAUGCAGAAGUAGAAUACCGAAUUAUUGAUGGUGAUGGGACUGAUAUGUUUGACAUCAUAACUGAGAAGGACACACAGGAAGGCAUCAUAACUGUGAAAAAGCCACUUGACUAUGAGAGUCGAAGACUUUACACUCUGAAGGUUGAAGCAGAAAAUACCCAUGUGGAUCCACGUUUUUAUUACCUGGGACCAUUUAAAGAUACAACAAUUGUAAAAAUCUCUGUAGAAGAUGUGGAUGAACCUCCUAUUUUUAGCAGAUCCUCUUACCUGUUUGAAGUUCAUGAAGAUAUUGAAGUGGGGACGAUCAUUGGUACUGUGAUGGCAAGGGACCCAGAUUCUACUUCUAGCCCCAUCAGAUUUUCCUUGGAUCGCCAUACUGACCUUGACAGGAUUUUUAACAUACAUUCUGGAAAUGGAUCCCUUUAUACAUCAAAGCCACUUGACCGUGAACUAUCUCAAUGGCACAAUCUUACUGUUAUAGCUGCUGAAAUCAACAAUCCCAAAGAGAUGACUCGCGUGGCUGUUUUUGUGAGGAUUUUGGAUGUUAACGACAAUGCCCCACAAUUUGCUGUGUUCUAUGAUACUUUUGUAUGUGAAAACGCGAGACCAGGGCAGCUAAUACAGACUAUAAGCGCAGUAGACAAAGAUGACCCCUUAGGUGGACAGAAAUUUUUCUUCAGUUUAGCUGCUGUCAAUCCAAACUUCACAGUACAGGAUAAUGAAGAUAAUACUGCCCGGAUUUUAACCAGAAAAAAUGGAUUCAAUAGACACGAAAUAAGUACCUAUCUCUUGCCUGUGGUGAUAUCAGACAAUGACUACCCGAUUCAGAGCAGCACGGGUACUUUGAGCAUCCGAGUGUGCACCUGUGACAGCCAAGGUAACAUGCAGUCCUGCAGUGCCGAAGCCUUGCUCCUCCCCGCGGGCCUCAGCACGGGAGCGCUCAUCGCCAUCCUCCUCUGCAUCAUUAUCCUACUGGUUAUAGUAGUACUGUUUGCAGCUCUGAAAAGGCAGCGAAAGAAAGAGCCUCUGAUCUUGUCUAAAGAAGACAUCAGAGACAACAUCGUGAGCUACAACGACGAAGGUGGUGGCGAGGAGGACACCCAGGCCUUUGACAUCGGCACCCUGAGGAACCCCGCAGCCAUAGAGGAGAAGCAGCUCCGGCGAGAUAUUAUGCCGGAAACUUUAUUUAUACCUCGGAGGACUCCCACGGCUCCAGAUAACACGGACGUCCGGGAUUUCAUCAAUGAAAGGCUCAAAGAGCACGAUCUCGACCCCACCGCGCCUCCCUACGACUCCCUGGCAACUUACGCCUACGAAGGAAACGAUUCCUUUGCAGAAUCUCUGAGCUCCUUAGAAUCAGGUACCACUGAUGGAGACCAAAACUACGAUUACCUCCGAGAAUGGGGCCCUCGGUUCAGUAAGUUGGCGGAAAUGUACGGUGGCGGGGAAAGUGACAAAGACUCUUAA